AUUUCUAUCUAGAGUUGAUUGUUCAACGUCACCACCACAGCAUCACCACAGCACUGUGCAGCACCACAGCAGCAAGCUUGCCGGAAAGGUGGUGGGCGCCUGGUUGCAGAAGUUGGCAUGCCGUUGGUGGCCUGAUCCUCUUUGCAUCAGAUAUGGCUGCAGCGCUCGACUUCUGCAGCGGACUGGGUUUGACGCCACCAAUUGCGGGCGGGAAUCUACGGCGUGGCGAGGGCAGCUCUUUGGACGUUGCUGUCAGGAGGUUGCUCAGGUCUAGCUCAAGAGCACACCACCUUACCUUCUUGCGGCCUUCGCCGGUUGGCAGUUUGGGACAGUCACUUCUAGGAGCCCGCUUCUCGUCAAAGCUCGCCCCCCUUUGCAACCCUUGGGCAGUCACAUCCAGCUUGGCUCAGUGGCUCGACUGCAGGCAGAGGCCCUUCUCUCAGCUGAGCCACCCUACAAACUCCAUCAGGCGCAAGUGCCGGACUCACGCAUCAGUCAGGAACUUUGAGUUGGUGGCAGAUGCUGCAGAGGACUUCGUGUGCAAUGACGAGGAUGAUUACAAGGUUAUAGAAGCGUCCACCCCAACUUAUGCCCACCCCCCAGAAACCGUUCCCCCUAAAGGCCGUGGCUUCCUAGGCUUUCUUGUCUUAGCUGCGGUGUUGCUUGCUGUAGCAUUCCACCCGCUUCCUGCAUCUGCUGCGACCAGAAAGGCAGACCCCCCCCGCUCUGCUACCACCGCCCCAUCAAAUAGACCCCCCUUCAAGCAGCAAGACCGCAGGCACCUGAAAUCCAGCUCCAACUCUCAAGAGCGGCACCCCGAUCCUCCCGCUGAGAAAGGCAACAGCGGGACGGACUUUGUGACUGGCCCCGCCCCUAGCAAAGAGGACCUAGAUGCCGCAAUUCGAGCACGGGUGCCCUACAGCUGGUUCCUUGACGCGGCCGAAAACGGACUUGUAAAAGCGGUCUGGAUCAUGAAUCACUGGGCGUUUGUGCUGCUCGAGGAGGGGACCGUGGAGUACAAGCCGCCCGAGGCGUCGUGGCUCGAGAAGAUGGUCCAGCGGGACCUGGGGCUCGAGCGCAAGCCCCCCGCGAACGUGGUGACGGUGCGGCUGCCGGACGGGGACAACGUGACGGUGGGCGCGCUGCGCAAGGCGGGCGUGCGCUUCGAGGUGGUGCAGGGCCAGCCCGCGUGGACGGAGCAGCUGGCGAACGCGGGGCAGCUCAUGUGGUAUGCGCUGAUGGGGACGCUGCUGUUCACGAUGCUGGGCAGCGGGGAGAUGGGGGGCCUCCCCGGGAUGACGAACAAGAAGGCGAAGCUGUUCCAGGGGGGCAAGUCGGACACCAACUUCCAGGACGUGGCCGGGUGCGACGAGUCCAAGGAGGAGCUGGUCGAGGUCGUCGAGUUUUUGAAGAACUCGGAGAAGUACCGCGCCCUGGGUGCACGUGUGCCAAAGGGCGUGCUGCUCUGCGGGCCAGCCGGCACUGGCAAGACGCUGCUUGCCAAGGCCGUUGCGGGGGAGGCGGACGUGCCAUUCUUCUCCAUCUCGGCGUCGGAGUUCGUAGAGAUCUACGGGGGGAUGGGAGCCUCCCGCGUGCGGAAAACGUUUGCGGACUGUCGGAAGAAGGCGCCAUGCAUUCUCUUCAUUGAUGAGUUGGACGCGAUCGGGCGGUCGCGCUCGAUGGGGCAGGUUGGGGGUUACGACCAAGAGCGGGAGCAGACGCUGAACCAAAUGCUGACCGAAAUGGACGGCUUCGACUCGACCAAGGACAAGCCGGUGAUUAUCUUGGGGGCGACCAACCGGCCAGAGAUUCUGGACACCGCCCUGCUGCGGCCGGGGCGGUUUGACCGAACGGUGACUGUAGACCGGCCGGACAAGAAGGGGCGGGAGGAGAUUCUGCGGUUACAUCUCAAGGCUAUCAAGAUUGACGAAAACCUGGACGUGUCGGCUAUUGCGGGGAGCACGAUCGGCUUCACGGGGGCAGACCUGGCCAACCUGGUGAACGAGGCUGCACUGCUGGCCGCACGGAAGAACCUGGAGCAGGUUGGUCGGGAGCAACUGAUGGAGGCUGCGGAACGAAGUCGAGCAGGGCUGGAACGGAAGUCUCUCAAGGUGAGCGAGGAGGAGCGGCGCACGGUUGCCUUCCACGAGUGCGGCCACGCGCUGGUGGGCGCGAUGUCGCGCGAGGUGGUGCGCAGCACGGUCACCAAGAUCAGCAUCGUGCCACGUGGCAGCGGCGCACUUGGCUAUACGCUCAACGAGCCGCGCGAGGACCGUUACCUGCAGGGCGAGGACGACAUCCGUUCAUUUAUCGCCACCGCUCUCGCGGGCCGUGCCGCGGAGCGGCUUGUCUUUGGGCGGCUGACCUCGGGGGCGUCGGAUGAUUUGCAGCGAGCAACGGAGUCGGCGGAGCGCAUGGUGACGUUGUUUGGGAUGUCGUCCCGGGUGGGUCCCCGGGCGCUGCGCUCGCUGCGGCAGUCGUACCUGGAGGAGCACGGCUACGCGGGCGCGGCGCGGCAAGGGGGGCCGCAAUUGCAGAAGACCGUCGAUGACGAGAUCGACAAUAUACUGCAGGCUGCGGAUGAUUGGUGUCGGCGCAUCCUGGUUCGGAACCGGGCUCUUCUGAACGAGAUGGCGGAGAAGCUGCUAGUGGAAGAGGUGCUCCAAGAAAGUCAACUCGCCGACUUCUUGAAGCGGGCGGAGGCCCCCGAUGGGCUGGAGGACUGGUUCAAAACGGGCAGCUUGCCGGACGGGUUCCACGGCGACAGCAUAUACCGGGAAGCGCCCGCGCUGUCGUUGCCAGGAUGACGAAGGGCUAGCGAGGGUCCGCAUUGGCACCCUUGACCGCUCGUCAAUGUACAGCCGAUCUCGGAACUCGCAAAUACCCUGUACAUAACAGUGCGGAAGUGUAGAAGAUUCUCCGUGUUGCCGGC